AUGGAGAGCGAGGAGGACUCCGAUAUUGACAAACUGUUAGCCGCUCUGACACCCGCCGAGGUGGAAGAGCUGCAGUGCGAACUGACCGUUAUUGACCCGGAUCCAACUGUGCCAGUCGGGCUCCGGCAGAGGAACCAGACAGACAAGCAGCCGUCAAUAAAAUACAAUAGGGUGGCGAUGCUUGAUUACUGUGAGCGCGAAAUCAAGAAACUCAUUCAAAUGGAGCUGUCCUUUGAGGAGCCAACAACUGACAAAGUGAAAUGGGAACGCCUGAAGAAGAUGGGGAAGAGCUGUGAUAGUUUCUUCAACUUCAAGUCCGAUGACCCGGGUGACCAGGAUGUCAUGGACCUAAACUUCGCUGCUUUGGAGACCCCUAAGGAGGACAUAUCCAAGGACAAAGAAGUCAUAUCCAAGGACAAAGAGGAAAAACCAGAGAGCAAGAACUUGAAGGCAGUAGGGAUGAACGCCUGGCUGGUGGAGGGAGACGAGGAGGCCAGCAUGUUGGAUGAGCUCCUUGAGCAGGUCAGAAAAGAUGACCCUUUAAUGACGGAGCUCAAUGUCAACAACUCAGAUGUCAUCAAGACCCACACUCUCAUCCAAUUUGCAGAAGCACUACAACGCAACACACAUGUCAAGACGUUUGCUUUAGCCAACACCUGGGCUGACGACCAUGUGGCUUAUGCCAUUGCCGGCACUCUGCGGAACAACACGUCUCUGACCAGCGUAAUCCUUGAUUCCAACCACCUCACUGGCAAGGGAAUUUUGGCCGUGGUACACGCCUUAGAGAAAAAUAUAACCGUCACUGAGCUUCGCUUCCACAACCAGCGGCACAUCUGUGGAGGCAAGACAGAGAUGGAGAUGGCCAAUGCGUUGAGAAACAACACCAGGUUGAUGAAGCUGGGCUACGGGUUUGAGCUGGCCGGCCCAAGGAUGACCAUGACCGACAUCCUGAGUCGGAACAUGGACUUGCAGCGGCAACGUCGACUGGAGGAAAAGAAACAGGUGCAGCUGCAAGCCCAUUCAUCCCAGCAGCUUCAGCCAUUCCAGUCAUCAUCUGAACCCUUCUACAAGGUGAGCGGCAAAGCUGGGGACAUGGCGAGCCCUAAGGCUGUGGGUAAGCUAAACCCUAAGGCUUGGGGUGGUAGAUCUGGAACAGGGUCUACACCACCUCCUCCUAAGGCUGGGGAUGCUGGAUCUCGUCCUGGGUCUCCACCACCUCCACCUCAGGCUCCUAAGGCUGGCCAAUCUGGACCAGCAGCACCUCCACCUCCUCCCCCUGCCCCAGUGUUGGAGGGCCUAAGGAAAGCCCUUAUGCCUGCCUCACAGAGGAAAUUCAGCGGGCUGACUUCACGCCACGGAGAGAGGAACACUAGGGACCAGUUGCUGGACUCCAUUCGCAAGAGCACUAUGAAAGCUCUAAAAAAUGUUCGAACAGGAGAGGAGUAG